UCUUGUUGUUUCUUCCAAUUUCUAGUAAUUCUGUGACUCCCUUGCAUUUUUCGUCAAGCCCCCAAACCUGCCAGCUCCAAUUUCUACUGCUGCUGGGAAAAUUCUGAAAGCGAAACCGAGGACGGAGAAAUCGAGGAUAAGGAAACCACGGGAAGUGACGAGUUAGAAGGCUAGCCAUUUCGAGAUGGAUAUAGAUUUUAAAAAUAAAUCAUACUUUUGUAAGAUAGAUUUUACCUUGAAUUUAUGAGAUCAAAAUAGAUUUCGGUCAUUAGAUCAAUUAUUGGGAUAUGUGAAUUGGAUAAGUUCUGAGCCUUGUGCAUUUGUGGGACCCUCUCACGAGUGCACAGCGUCUGUCGCGUCCUUGGAUUUGGGUUCUGGGGCGUGAUAGUUCUAAAGGACCAGGAGCCACCAAGACCGUGAGCCAGGCAUCAACGGCCCAACGUGCUUGUCCUACUUAGCUUACUUGCCACAUUUUUGGGAAGGUUGGACACACCCGGGAUCAGUGCCACACCGUUAUUGGGGCUUGCUUCAAAUGUGGCAAGCAGGGACAUCGAAUUGCAAAUUUUCCACUACUAGACCCCAAAGCUCAAAGUACUCAACCUACCUUUCCGUAGAGUUCUACUAGUCAGCGGGCACAGAAACAGAGUACCGGGCUUAGGACAAGAGCCCAGCAGGCGAGAGUGCAAGUGAUGACUCACAAGAAAGCUGCGACUACCGACGUAAUCACGGGUACCUUGCCUGUUAAUUCUGAUUAUGGGCAUGUUUUAUUUGAUUCGGGUGCAUCACACUCUUUUAUUGCUCGAUCUUAUGCUUUGAAACGAGCUUUGCCUGUUGAUACCUCUGAUCUUGAACUGCAUGUGGACACCCCUUUAGGAGGGGUGAUGACUACUAGGGAGGUGUGUAGGAUUGUGGACAUUUAUAUUGAUGAUAGACAGUUGAGUGCUAGUCUGUUUGUUUUAGAUAUCUCUGAUUUUGAUAUCAUUUUGGGGAUGGAUUGGUUGUCAAAACAUUUUGCCUCUAUAGACUGCCAUCGAAAAUGGGGUUUCCUAGUCUCCGUUACUGAUGCUAGUAGUGUGACAUUGAGACUAGAAGACAUACCGGUGGUGCGUGAGUUUUCUGAUGUAUUUCCGGAGAAUCUCCUAGGUUUACCUCUGGAUAGGGAGGUUGAAUUUGCUACUGACCUUGUUCCUAGCACCGGACUUAUUUCCAAAGCACCAUACCGUAUGGCUCCUGCAGAGUUGAAGGAGUUAAAGAAGGAUGGGAGCAUGAGGCUAUGCAUUGAUUACCGGGAACUGAAUAAGGUGACUAUAAAGAACCGAUAUCCCCUUCCUAGAAUUGAUGACUUGUUUGACCAGCUCAAGGGUGCCCAGGUAUUUUCUAAGAUUGAUCUUCGAUUUGGCUACCACCAGUUGAAGAUUAAAUCGGAUGAUGUGCCAAAGACUACCUUCCGUACCCGUUAUGGUCAUUAUGAAUUCAUAGUCAUGCCAUUUGGCUUGACAAAUGCCCCUACUAGAUUUAUGGAUUUGAUGAAUCGGGUGUUUAGCAAAUAUCUAGAUAAGUUUGUGAUUGUCUUCAUUGAUGACAUCUUGAUCUACUCUUCUAGCCAUACUCUUCAUGAAAAGCACUUAAGGAUAGUUCUCGAGACACUGAGAAGUGAGAGGCUAUUUGCUAAAUUUAAGAAGUGUGAAUUUUGGCUAGAUAAUGUUACGUUCCUAGAAAUCCGUAGUUUUUUGGGAUUGGCUGGUUAUUACCGCCGAUUUGUGGGGGAUUUCUCUAGAAUUGCUUUGCCAAUGACUCGUCUUAUCAGGAAGGACACCAAGUUUGAGUGGACUCUAGAGUGUAAGAAGAGCUUUUUGACCCUUAAGGAGAAGUUGGUCACUGCUCCUGUACUUGCACUUCCAAUCAAUGGGGAAGGAUUCACUAUAUAUAGUGAUGCCUCUAAAAAGGGUUUAGGAUGUGUCUUGAUGCAAAAAGAUAAGGUUAUUGCAUAUGCUUCCCAGCAGUUAAAGCCUUAUGAAGAAAAUUUCCCUACCCAUGAUCUGGAGUUGGCAGUUGUGAUAUUUGCACUCAAGAUCUGGAGGCAUUAUCUAUACAGUGAGACUUGGGAGAUUUUCACCGAUCACAAAAGCCUUAAGUAUAUUUUCACUCAAAAGGAGCUUAAUAUGAGGCAGAGGCGAUGGCUUGAACUUUUGAAGGACUAUGACUUGAUCAUUAGCUAUCAUCCAAGCAAAGCCAACAAAGUAGCAGAUGGGUUGAGUAGGAAGUCCUCUAGCACUGCCUCUAGCAUCCUUGCCACUUAGAAGGAGUUACUUGAGGAUCUUGUGAAAUUGGAUGUGGAGUUAAGAGUGGAUAGUACUACGGCUUAUCUAGCCGCUCUUAGUGCACAACCAACAUUAAUAGAUAGAAUUAAACUUG